CAAACUCGUUUCCGUCGAAACAGGAAGCUUCAAAGAAUCCUCUUCUCCCCCUCUAACGUACGUCACACACCGAUAGCAAGCGCUAUCUCGUCCGUGCAUGCCACAUAUCGAUUCUUUCACGCUCGAAAUUUCACAAACGUCGAAACGAACGAUCGUAUCCUGCGCCAGUCUCACGGUUUCUUCGAUCCCGAGAGACGGAUCGACGGUGACGGGGGGAUCUCGAGAGCCUUCUUGGGAAAUGAGAGCCACUUUGAUCUUGGAUCACGCAGCACAACCGAGCGUGUACCGGAGGCAAAAGCUGAUGAAUCACGAGAUCCAAAGCCGGAGGAUCCUCAAAUAUUGGACGAUCCGAAAGUUAUCUGCCGAUACGUGUUCCGCGACAUGGUGCUGGCCAGCCUGAUCCGUGUCGAAACGACGUCGAGAAACGAAAAUGCUGAUACCAAUCUCGAGCAAGUACGUGAUUCUGGUCAACCAAUUGCCAGACCGAGCGUCGUCCGCUCGUAUUUCAACAAUUCCAAGUUUAUCGUGGAUUUGUAUAUAAGGCAAUCGAUCAUCCUCCACUUUCGAGAAUUUUUAUUACAGAAGAAUAAGAUAGGGGUGAUCCAUCGUUUGAACUGGAAUAACGAAAGUCUUCGAAUAUGCACGUUGCCCAAUUCGAUUUUCAGAUUUCCAAUUUUUUUUUCACAAGGAGAAGAUACCUCUACAAGAAAACCUCAGGAUCUAAUCAAGAGAUAUCGAGAAACAGGGAUGAUACGCAAAUUGAAUAACGCGUUGGUGGAGGACGAGGACGAAAUUUUAAUCCUGAAGUAUCUUCUUUCUAUUUUUAAAUUAUUUUACGUAAGUUCGGGCAUUGCUUGCUUGAUAUUCCUUUUCGAAUUGUUAAUGAAUCGUAUUCUAAGAACUUCCUGA